AUGGUGUUUGGUGCAGAUGUUUACCAUUCAGGUAAAAAUGAACAAGAUGUACCUAGCAUUGCUGCAGUUUGCGCUUCCAUGGACCAAGAUGCUAUUGUUUAUGGUCACACAUAUAGUGUUAACAAAAAGCCACGUAAUGAAACUAUUGAAAAUUUAGAGGAAAUGGUAGUUGAUUUAAUUACAGCUUUCAGGAAUAGAAAUAGGGUUCUUCCCCAGAGAAUUUUAUUCUAUCGUGAUGGAGUUAGCGAGGGGCAAUUUAAAAAAGUCAUAGAAGAAGAGGUGAAAGCAAUGAAACAAGCCCUUAAAAGGGUUUGCGGCAAUCAAAUUCCAAAAUUGACAUUUGUUAUUGUGCAAAAAAGACAUAACACUAGAGAAGCUGAUCGUCUUGGUAAUUGUAAACCAGGAACAGUUGUUGAUACAGGGAUUGUAGCAAGACAUGAAUUUGAUUUUUUCCUACAAUCUCAUGCCAGCCUUCAAGGUACUGCGCGUUCAGCUCAUUAUCGUGUGUUGGUAGAUGAAAACAAGUUUAAUGCCAAUUCCAUGCAAGAGUUAACUAAUAAGUUAUGUUAUUUGAAUGCAAGGUUU